CACUUUCCAGGCUCUGGGCCUCACGUGGAAAGGUGUUGUCUUGGUUAGUAGAUGGCCAUCAGCUGUAAUCAGAUGGCCAUCUGCCUUGGCUAGGUGUCCAUUAGUUGUUACUGGUUAGCCCUUAGUCGUUAAUACUACUGCCGUGGCUAUGCUGGCAAGGGGGUUGCUUGGCAGAGAAGUGGAUGGCAGGUUGCCGCUAGCCAGUGUGGUUAGCAAGCGGACUGUGGAUUGCGGAUCCUGUUGAUCCUACUUCCUGUGUCUCCCCUGGCCGCCAGGGAGACAGGAUUGCAGGAAGACCCUCUCAUUGGGGUACUGGUGGAUGUUUGCUUUUGUGUCUCUGUCAGCCGCCAGCGAGAAUAUAGUGGUAUGACUCCCCUAUCUAUGGCUCCGUGGGUGUUCUGUUUUGGCCUCACCGUAUCCUGCGUUCUUGUGUGGGGAGCGGGACCAGAGUCCCUGCAUUAUACCUGUCGUAUUCCCGGAAAUCGGGUGGUGGAUCCAAUUUCCCCUGCACCUGUUCGGGAGGACGAGGUGAGCGGAUGCCCCGCAGCAAUCUGGGUCUUGUACUCAGUUUUAAAAUCCCAGAUAUCUCUCAGCCAAAGGAGCCCAUCUUUAUUUUGUUUUAAAGGAAAUUAGGAGGACAGAAGAAAAGAGGAAAUGUUACCCAGUCCUAGAAACCUCCACCAGAGUUCCGGGAAAUCAGGUGCAGAAUUGUUAACUGUCCAGGUCUCUGUCGCUCUCAGGCUUGCGGGAGGUUUCGGUGUAAAUCCGUACUAGAGUGGAGAGACCUGACCUCAGGUCACUAGAACCGUGUGACGUAGGAACACACCUUUCGUUGUUAUUAUCUUUGUUGUUUUGGUAGGGGUGAUGGGUUUCCAUUGCUGUAGCUUUCCGGUACAAUCAUGGAUGCCCUUGCCAUAAUAGGGGCACAGCUCUGAGGGGGGAAAAAGGUGUAUUUUUGAGCAUUUGGAAGGAAACCAGACAUGUCAUUGGAUGACAUUAAGAUGAAGUCUAGUGACUUCCUGGAGAAGAAGUAUCUAGACAGCGGAGGCUUCGGAAAGGUGUCUUUGUGUUUACACAGAUCGCAUGGACUCGUAAUCCUGAAAAAGGUGUACACGGGGCCCAAGUGCACCGAGUACAAUGAAUCCCUCCUUGAGGAGGGCAAGAUGAUGCACAGGCUGAGGCAUCAGCGGGUGGUGAAGCUCCUAGGCGUCAUCAUAGAGGAGGGAAACUACUCUCUAGUGAUGGAGUACAUGGAAAGGGGCAACCUGAUGCGUGUGCUGACAGCUGAGAUCAGUCUCCCCCUUUCUGUAAAAGGAAGGAUAAUUAUGGAGACCAUUGAAGGAAUGCGGUAUUUACAUGCAGAAGGUGUAAUACACAAGGACCUAAAGCCUGAAAAUAUCCUCGUUGAUAAUGACUUUCACAUUAAGAUAGCUGAUCUUGGCGCCGCUUCAUUUAAGACGUGGAGUAAGCUGACUAAAGAAGAACAUAAUGAGCAGAGGAAAGUGAAGAGUCCUUCUAAGAAAAAUGGCGGCACCCUCUGCUACAUGGCCCCUGAGCACCUGAAUGACAUCAAUGCAAGGCCCUCGGAGAAGUCAGAUGUGUACAGCUUUGCCAUAGUGCUUUGGGCAAUAUUUGCGAAUAAGGAGCCGUAUGAAAAUGCUAUCUGUGAGCAGCAGUUGAUAGUGUGCAUUAAAUCCGGGAAUAGGCCAAAUGUGGAAGACAUCAUUGAGUACUGCCCUAAGGAGAUUAUCAACAUCAUGAAGGAAUGCUGGGAGGCGAAUCCGGAAGUCCGGCCCACAUUUACUGGUAUUGAAGACAAAUUUAGGCCUUUUUAUUCAAAUCAUUUAGAAGCAUAUGUAGAAGAGGAUGUGAAGAGUUUAAAGAAAGAGUAUCCUGACCAAAAGGAAAUGGUGAAGAGAAUGCAGUCUCUCCAAAUGGAUUGUGUAGCAAUACCUCCAAGCAGGUCAAAUUCAGCCACCGAACAGCCCAGUUCUCUACAUAGUUCACAGGGACUCAGGAUGGGUCCCGUGGAGGAGUCCUGGUUUGCUUCUUUCCCAGAGCACCAGCAGGAGGAAAAUGAGCUCAGCCUGCAGAAUAAACUCCAGGAGGAGGCCAACUACCAUCUUUUUGGCAGCCGCAUGGACAGGCAGACAAAAGAGCAACCCAGACAGAAUGUGGCUUACAAUAGAGAUGAGGAAAGGAAACGAAGAGUCUCCCAUGACCCUUUUGCACAGCCGAGACCUUAUGAGAAUGUUCAGAAGCCAGGAAUAAAAGGCCUUGCUCCUACCAGUACAACCAGUCAAAGUAAUGCGGUACACCAACCAACGGGGCUGACCAGCCAACCCCAAGUACUGUACUGGAACAAUGCAUCAUUUGGUACACAUGUUUUCGGGACAAGACCAUUGGAUGUACAAACAGUAGGUUCCAGAGUUUGGUGUGGGCCAAAUCCAAGCCAAAUGCCAAGCCUGCAUAAAACUCCAGUGCCUGAGACCACCCUACUAGGAAACACACCCACCAUUCCAUUCGUCUCCUUUCCAUCAAGAGAUGAGUCUGUAAAAUGUUCCAUAUACAACAGUACCGGCAUUCAGAUUGGAGACAACAAUUUUAUGGAUGUUGGUGGAAUGAGUUUGCCAUUACUGGACAGCACAUACAUGAACUUGAAAGAAGAGCCAGCUUCUAAGUAUCUAGAUAUUUUUGAUAAUACCACUAGUCUGACUGAUAAACACCUGGACCCAGUCAGGGACAAUCUGGGAAGGAGCUGGAAAAGCUGUGCCCGUAAACUGGGCUUCACUGAAUCGCAGAUUGAUGAAAUUGACCAUGACUAUGAGCGAGAUGGAUUAAAAGAAAAGGUUUACCAGAUGCUCCAAAAGUGGCUGAUGAGGGAAGGCAGUAAGGGGGCCACAGUGGGAAAGCUGGCCUAUUCUCUCUACCAAUGUUCAAGAAUAGACCUUCUGAACUCUUUGAUACGCAUGAGCCAAAACUAAGUCUGGAAGGGGCUUUGGCAGCAUGAAGUGAAGUCCUCACUUGGUAAUCCACUGGAAGUGUGCUGCCUCAGAUUACCCAGAAUUCUUUCCUCACUGAUACGGGGAAUGGGAAGGAAAUCUACGGCAGACAACCGACUAAACAGGAACAUUUAUUAAUGGCCAAGCCCCAAUCAAAAAAGAAGCCUAAUUGGGUUUUGAAAGGGAAAGAAGAGAGAUUUGAGGAAGAUCAUUUUCUUUUUGUUCAUCCCAUAACCUUCCAUUAUGCUGUUCAUUCAGUUUCCCGGAGUUUUAUUUGAGUGGUGGAGAAAAACAACAACUCAGAGAAUGUAAACUAAAUCAACUUUCUUAUCUGGUGCUCUCUUCUCCACAUAAGCUCCUGUUAUAACUGAAGUACAGAAAAAUUCCAAGUUCUCUUUAGUUUUUUUUGUAUCACAACCACAGUUCAUUAUAGGGUCUGUUAAGUUCAGCAUCAAAAUGCUGUGUCAAUCACUAUGGGCUUCAAGAAUUGCAUGCACUCUCUGCUCCAUAAAUUAGCUGAAGGGAUUUUAAGGAAUACUAAGAAAGGGAAAACAAAAAUAGAUCACAAAAAUAUCAGAAUUUUCCAGGCAGUUGUUGUAAGAAAUUGCUACUAACUGUGACAACUACAAAAAUUCUUGAUGAAACUUUAAGUUCUUUCCUAGCAUUCUAAUACUUUAUGCACUUUCCCGACCUGUGUGCCUUGAACAGGGAGCAGGUAUGCAGGGAGUUCCACCCCCACCCCGAUGACGGGAGCCUCAGGACUGAUCACUGCUGGACAACUUCCCAGUUUACCCCAGGGUACUGGAGAAAUAUUUUCAUUUGUUUUCUGCGGGCUAUGAUAUAAAAAAAGGACAGCUUCGGAAUCUGGUAAUUGUGCACUCAACCUUUCAAAGCCCACGUGAAACUCAGGAAUGACUGAAGAAACUGGAAGACUGAAGCUAACCGAGUCACCCAGCAUCACUGCCGGCACUUAACACAGAGGGCAUGUCAUUGUGCUUAGGCCUCCCCGGAGGGAAGGAAAGAAGGGUGCAGUGUGGUCAAUCUGGUUGUCAGAACAGAUUCUAGUGUCUGGGGUGUUGGUAACAGUAUUGUUGGUUCUGAUUUAAAUCUCCUCCGGCCCCAGCAGAUACACACACACACUCCUGCAGUGGGACUGUAAGGCAGAAUUUCUCAGCCUCAGUACUAUUAACAUCUUGGGCUGGAUAAUUCUUUGUUGUGGGUACUGUCCUGUGCAUUGUAGGAUGUUUGGAAGCAAUCCUGGCCUCUACCCGCUAGAUGCCAGUAGCGCUCUUCUUCCCCUCCUCCCAUUCCCAGUGGGACAAACAACAAUGUCUCUAGAUAUUGCCAGAUGUUUCCUGGACGGGGAAAAUUGCCCCAGUUGAGAAGGGCACUGCUAUAAAGUAAGAACCUCAGUUCUCUUACCCACGCAUAUUCAGGCUCAAUACUUAGCUGCCACACAGCAUUGCACCACAUACGAGUAUACCAAAAGGAAAACUGGAGGGGGAAGGGUCCCAGGCUUUGCUAGCCGGGGGCUGGAUGAUUUCUUUCUUAAAUGUAUCCCUGUACCUCUGUCCUAACAGUGUUCUAAAAUCUCUAAAUUCUGAAGAUACUGAAUGAUCAAUUUUAAGAGCAAAAAUGGAAAGUAUUUUAAUCGACUUCUUGAAAGUAAAAUUUUGUACUUUAUAUUAAAUAUAAGCCAUUGAAAUGA